CCCAAACCCAAACCCAAACCCAAACCCAAACCCAAACCCAAACCAAAACCAAAACCCAAACCCAAACCCAAACCCAAACCCAAACCCAAACCCAAACCCAAACCCAAACCCAAACCCAAACCCAAACCCAAACCCAAACCCAAACCCAAACCCAAACCCAAACCCAAACCCAAACCCAAACCCAAACCCAAACCCAAACCCAAACCCAAACCCAAACCCAAACCCAAACCCAAACCCAAACCCAAACCCAAACCCAAACCCAAACCCAAACCCAAACCCAAACCCAAACCCAAACCCAAACCCAAACCCAAACCCAAACCCAAACCCAAACCCAAACCCAAACCCAAACCCAAACCCAAACCCAAACCCAAACCCAAACCCAAACCCAAACCCAAACCCAAAUUAUAUAUUUUCAUUUCAAGAAAUACAUCCGGUAGAUAG